AUGGAGAUGAUUUUAGGUGUUUUAGUGUUGUCAUUUACAGUGUUAUUCAGUGUUUUAGUAUUCAUAGUUUCUUCUCCGGAGUCCAAGUUUAAGAGAAAAGAAGAACAAGUUGUAGGGUUGCCAGAUGGGAGCAUGGGAUGGCCAUUCAUCGGUGAGACCUUCAGCUUUCUCGCACCUCAUAAAUCAAACUCCGUUGGAAAUUUCUUGCACCAACAUUUCUCCAGGUACGGGAAAGUAUUCAAGUCUAACCUGUUUGGAGUGGCAACGGUAGUAUCAGGUGAUUUUGAACUCAAUGACUUUGUCCUUCAGAAUGAAGAUAAGCUUUUCCAGAGUUUCUACCCAAAAUCUGUCAAGGAUAUUCUUGGUCAAAACUGUAUGAUGCUUGUUCCCGGUGAUCUUCACAAGAAGCUAAGAAAUGUGGCUCUCACUUUCAUCAACUCCUCCAAAACCAGCCCCGACUUCCUUCUUUAUGUCCACAACUUAACCAUCUCCUUUAUGGACUCCUGGCAAACAUCUCGACACAUUUCCUUCGCAAAUGAAGCCAAAAAGUUUACUAUGCAUAUCAUGUUGAAGAAUAUGCUUAAUAUAGAGCCCGGAGAUCCAAGAGCUACACAAAUGCUAGAAGAUCACAUUGUCUAUAUGAAAGGGCUUGUAUCCAUUCCAAUUAACCUUCCAGGUUCCCCUUACAACAAAGCUCUUAAGGCUAGAACAAGGAUCCAGUCCACGAUCAAAGGAAUUAUAGAAGAAAGGGAGAAAAACGAACAUUUGAGGGUUGAUGGAGACUUUCUGGAUCAAACGCUUUCCAAAGAAGAGUGCAUGCUUACCAACGAAGAGAAAAUUAGUCUUGUGAUGGACCUUUUGCUCGCAGGCUAUGAAACAACGGCUGGCCUUUUGGCCCUAUUACUCUACUACCUUUGCCAGUCUCAGGAGGUACUUCAACAAUUAAGGCAAGAACAUUUAGCUAUUAUGAGAACAAAACGGCCUGGCGAAUCCUUGACUUGGAAUGACAUUCAGCAGAUGGAGUUCACCCACAAUGUAAUAUAUGAAGCUUUGAGAUGUGGCAAUCUUGUGAAAUUUGUGCAUAGAAAAGCUCUUGAAGAUGUGAAAUACAAAGGCUAUUACAUUCCAGCUGGAUGGCAGGUGUUGCCGGUCUUCACUGCAGUUCAUUUGGAUCCAGCCAUUCACCAGAAUCCUGCUAAAUUCGACCCUCUGCGGUGGAAUGAUCGAUCAACGAGAAAAAUAGUGAAUCCUUUUGGCGGGGGAAUGAGGCUUUGUCCAGGAACUGAUUUAGCAAAACUUGAGGCUACUAUCUUUCUCCACCAACUUGUCCUCAACUACAGGUGGAAAAUGAUGGAAGAGGAUUAUCCAGUUUCUUACCCUUAUUUAGGAUUCAAAAAUGGCUUGAAAUUGGAAUUGCAACCAUUGAAAGAGCCUGCUAGAGCAGCAACUGCAUGAAGUAGAUAUUUGCUACUAAUAGCACCAGUACUUGCUAAUAUUUUCUCAGUAACAAUAUUUAGAACUUAUCUGUGAUUGUUUUUCUUCUUUGCUUCCAAAUCAAGAGUACAAUUUUAGCCUCUAGACUCUAGUCCUAUUCUAU